AUGGCCACUUGGCUCUCCGUUGCACGGUAUGCCCGUGCAUUGGGGCGGAGGCGGGUGGCGGCAGCAGAAUGGAUGCCGAACAGAGAUGCGACACUUUCCUGGAGUGGAGCCCAAGCGCAGAGCGAGGAGGAAAUGGAUGGAUCAUUGGGCGAGGCAGACUUCCAAAAUAUUGGUGCUGAGCAUUGGGAAGAUUCCAGGAGACGGUGGACCUCACAUGGUUCGUUGGAUUCCAGCGGAGCAUCGAUUGCCUGGUCCAUGCAGUUUCGCCCAGCUCGAAGCGGCUCUGCUCGCCGACGCUUCCAUGCGGAGACUGUGAGUGAAAGCUCAUUGGCGCGGUUGUUCAAGGGAGAACAGGCCAGGCCGGAUGUGGCUUUGGCUGGCUGUGCCGCAUCGCAGAUGGCUUCUCCCCUUGGCCCGCCUGCGGAGGCCGAGCUUCGCAUUCCUUUGCGCUUCGUCGUCGCAGCUGCGGAUCGACGCUGGGCGGAGGACACCAAGGCCACGGCCACAAAGAAGGGUCGGCGACGAGAUGACCUCCGCCUGAAGUGA